AUGACUACCGCUUUGUUGCUCAUUGACCUCCAAGCCGAGUUUCUCUCGCAUGGCGGAAACUUUCUUAUCUCUGCAACAUCACGCCUCGCGCUUUUGCGAAACACUGCGAAAGUUGUCCGCUCGUUCAGAGUGAGAGAGGAACCCAUUAUUUGGGUGCGCUCUGAAUAUGCAUUGCGGUCCACUCAACCACUUGGAAACUUACUGGAGGGCACGCACAGUGGUAAAAAGCCAUGCUGCGCACCAAAUACGGAGGGUGCCGAGUUCCCUGUCGAGGUACAAGCCCUCCAAGCGCCUGACGAUGUCCUCCUGACGAAAGGCUGGUACUCAGCAUUCAAAGAAACCAACCUGGAAGAGCUGCUUCGUCAACGAGGCAUAACUCAUCUCUUUAUUGGGGGACUUCUGACUAAUGUCUGCGUUUCCGCCACCGCAGAGGACGCUGUCAAAUCAUGUGGGCUAACAGUCACUAUACUUGAAGACUGUCUCGGUUGGCGAAAAUUCCGCAGUCAUGAAAUGGCUCUCAGUAAAAUGCGGGCCGCAGGAGUGAUCGUUUCCACACAGUAUAAAGCAUUGGGAACUCCUGCCCAUCAACCGACGCUGUAUUAUGGGAUUGCCUUUGUUCCCAUGCGACUGAGAGUUAUGUGUGAUCCAAAAGAAACUCGGACACCACCUUUCCUUGGGCUGAAUCAUCGCGGCAAGACACCUGUUCUUGUUGAUCCACAGGAAGGAGGUGACAUAAUCGUCAACGAAAGCAUUGCAAUUCUCCACUAUAUCGACACAUACUUUGAGCCGAAACAAACACUCCUUCCUUCUAUCUCUGCACGCAGAGCUUAUAGCGUCGCCCUGACCCGUAUUCAAGAAACCGAGAACCUUCACAGCAUCUACGAUGAACUUGAAGAUGCCCAUUUCAACGCAGAAAACUCUGGCAAACCUUUGGAAACGGCGGAACGAGCUAAAUUAAUCGACUGCGUGUACAAAGAGCUGGAUUUUUGGGAGACCUACGCGAAACAAACGCUCUUUAUCUCUGGGAACGAAUUUGGCUUGGCUGAUUGCGCUUUCUUUCCGCUUUUGGCGUACAUGGUCCACCGUGGCUUCGAAUGGACAGCACGUUGGCAGAAUUUGCACAAUUAUUUCCUACGCGUGCGGGAACGAAACUGCGCUCAGCAUGCUCAGCCGCUUGGAUGGGAUCAGCCUGGAAAGACGAACGUAUGGGCCAACACAACGUAG